AUGCACCCGCAGUUGUCCGAUAAACGAAUAGUUUGCAGAGAAUUCAUCCAGGCACUGGAUGCAUGUCAUGUUAAUAACUGGGCACGACUAACUGGUGGUUGCAAUCAAGAAAAGGACAGCCUUAACAAAUGCCUUCGAAAAGAGCGCGUCGAGCGUUCGACUCGUAACCGCACCCAGGCCAAAGAGAAACGUUUGAAAACUGAACAGGCUUGGAAGGAACUUCAUCAGGAUGAUUGA